CAGGUUACAGGUCUGGGAGAAAGGAAACCACAGGAGAGGGAGGAGAGAGAGGGAGGAGACUAAAUUCAUUGGUCACUAGCCACUAGCAAAUUAAAAUCUAAGCAAUUUGCUUAAUAAAAUUAGCUAGGUCAUUGACUUCCUUAUGAGAGGUAGUUUGGUUAAAAACGCUCAAACCCACAGAGCAACCACACAUUUGUGCAUUCUUCCACAGGUACUAUCCAGUGGAGACAGCAUCUGUACAAAGUGAUCCUCUAAACACAUACCUGCCAUCUCGUUUCAACUCACAGAGCUUCCACAAGCAGUGUGGAUAUCUGGAAGUGUAGGGAAUGUGUGAUACGGCCACAGAGGAUGACCCCAAAAUGGCAGAGGGGGCUGGUUUGGUGUCAGACGGCCAGACGUCUCCCUCCAUCAGAUCUCCAGAGACUGCUGAACUGACCCAAACUGGGGACGAUCUCCCAGGGGCCACCCUAACCUCCUACAGCCCACUGCGGGCACUGCAUCGGCCCUGGUUCUUGGUUAUGGUGCUCAUCUUGCUGGUUCUCUCUUUCCUUUUCAGCUGGGCGGUGGUACACCUCAGCUUGGGGGCUCGGAGCAAACCCUUCAGGAUUUCUUCCAGUUACAAUCAGCCCAGCGAUUUGGAGACAGCGACCUAUGACCCUCACUUCACCACCAACUGCACCAUACGAACCUCUCAAAAUGUCACUCUCCGGGGCCGCUAUCACUGCAAAGGGGACCGGGAGAUCAAUGUGAGCCAGCUGUGUGACUUCAACCCUGACUGUCCACAAGGGGACGAUGAGGGGGAACAUUGCCGUCAAUUCCUGAAUGGCAGCUAUUGCUCGUUCGGAAGAGAGGAUUGCAACUGGCAGCUGGUUCCAGCAAGGGGACCACAAUGGAGAGCCCAUCCGUCCAUUCCCCAAAGCCUCAGAAGCAGCUGUCCAUCACCAGGGGCCUUGCUGGCCAUUGACAGUCAGCCCAAAGGUCAGCGAGGAUCAGCCCAGGUGCGAAGCCCGCUUUUCUUCUACCCCCUACGGAACGCCCCUUGCAUGGUUAAGUUUUGGGUGUGUGGAUCUUCAAAUGGAGUGCUAUCGCUCUGGAUUAUAGAGAACAGCACAGGACCUGAGGGUCAGCGGAGUCUCUGGAACUCAACAAGCGAAGCUAAUAUGGGGAAAGGGUGGAAACUCAUUACCCUACCACUCUUCGGUUUGGUGGAUCUGUUCUACCUGCAGUUCAAUGCUGAUAUUUCCUCUAGUGCAGGAAUUGCAUUUGCUGUGGAUAACUUCACUCUGAGCAUGGAAUGCUUCCUUGAAACCAAUGGAGAGUUUCCUCCGAUGGCUCCCACAAACCCCACGCAAGUGCUGUUCACACCAAGCAAUGAGAACAUCAAGACCACUACAGCACUCUAUGUAGAGCCUGGAGCGUCUACAGAAUCUGUCAAGUGGAUAUUCCACACCUGCGGAGCAACAGGACAAGACGGUCCAACGCCUACUCAGUGCACUAACUCUUACCGCAACACCAAUGUCAAUGUCACUGUGGGCACUAAGGGACCAUUCAAGGGCAUCCAGAUGUGGCGGGUCCCAGAGACAAGGAAAUACAGGAUCACGGCAUAUGGAGCAGCUGGUGGACGCAGUGUGCAGGCUGUCCACAAGUCACAUGGGGUGUACAUGACCGGAGACUUCCUGUUACAGAAGGAUGAGCUGCUGUAUAUUCUAGUGGGACAGGAAGGAGAGGAUGCUUGUCCUAAUAUGGUGCCUACUAUGGACCGGAUCUGCAGGGAACAGCAAGGACCCUCUACCAACAAGACCCAGCUUAAGGGAGGAGGCGGUGGGGGAGGAGGAGGGACCUACAUCUUCAAGGUGGUGAAUGGAGUCCACAUUCCACUACUCAUUGCCGCUGGAGGCGGAGGCCGUGGCUACAGCAGCCAAUCAGAAACCCCUGAAGAAGUGAUGGACAGGGAUCCCAGCAUCCCUGGCCACAAUGGAAAAUCAGGCGCUGCAGGCGGUGGUGGAGGCUGGGAUGACACUGCCCCUGUUCCUCAAGGGGGUAGACCACUCAUUUUGGGAGGUCAGGGUGGAGAACCCUGUCAAGUCAUGGGCUGGAAAACUCGAGGAGGUUUUGGAGGCGGUGGAGGGGCCUGCACGGCUGGUGGGGGAGGUGGAGGAUACAGAGGGGGCAGUGCCUGGCACGAUAAUGAUCCCAGAAAGGAUGGAGAUGAUGGAACAUCAUUCAUAAGUCCUGAUGGGGAAAUGUACCUGGAGCCACUCAAAGGCAUGGAAGGUGACGGUGAAGUUAUUAUCAACCCAGUGCAGAACUGCAGUCACUGUGAGUCAGGAGAUUGCCACGAGACCUCUGAGGGCACGGUGUGCUACUGUGAUGAAGAGCUCUCACUGGCCGCAGACGGAGUGUCCUGCAUCAACUCUACUGUGGUGCCUAUGUUGCCCGGCCAGCCGUCUUUGUCUCAUCUGGCCUUGGGUCUGUCUGUGGGGACCUCCGCCCUCAUCGCUGCAUUACUGUUGGCCGUUUCUGGUGUUAUGAUCAUGUACAGACGUAAACACACUGAGCUCCAGUCUAUCCAGCUUGAGCUACAGAGUCCUGACUGUAAGCUGAGCAAACUGAGAGCCUCUACUAUCAUGACCGACUACAAUCCAAACUACUGCUUUGGAGGGAAGACUGCCUCCAUCAACGACUUGAAAGAGGUGCCACGGCGUAACAUCUCCCUCACCAGAGGUUUGGGUCAUGGGGCAUUUGGUGAGGUCUAUGAGGGACUAGCCGUAGGGAUACCAGGGGAGCCCAGCCCAAUGCAGGUGGCUGUAAAGACCCUUCCUGAGGUGUGCUCUGAGCAGGACGAACUGGAUUUUCUCAUGGAAGCUCUCAUAAUCAGCAAGUUUAGUCACCAAAACAUUGUGCGGUGUAUCGGGGUGAGUCUACAAGCUCUGCCUCGCUUCAUUCUGCUGGAAUUAAUGGCUGGAGGGGAUCUCAAGAGCUUCCUGAGGGAAACUAGACCAAGACUAGAGCAUCCUUCAAGUCUAACCAUGGUAGAUCUUCUCAACAUUGCCAGAGACAUCGCCCGUGGCUGCCAGUACUUGGAAGAGAACCAGUUCAUCCACAGGGAUAUUGCUGCCAGGAAUUGUCUUCUGACUUGCAAAGGUCCAGGGAGGGUGGCCAAGAUUGGUGACUUUGGCAUGGCCAGAGACAUCUACAGGUACGCUACAUAUUUCAGUAUGGCAUCAUGAUCAAAUAAUUCACCUUAAUAUCAUCCUGCUAGGUACAUAAAAAAUUGUAAACAAAAAAUAAUAAAAUAAAAUAAAAUAAAAUAAAAUAAACAAGCACCAGUCCACGGAAAUUAGAGAUUGCAGACUCAUAUUUGAAAAAAAAAACAUGACAGUUCUAUUUUGCAUCCAUGUUUAUAUUCAAUAUUCAAUUGGCCAUAAAAUAUGAAGGACUGUUUAGUGGCUGUGUUUUUCCUCCACU